AUGUCUGCGGUGAUUAACUCUCGACCAACUUCCUCCGCUGCUGGUAACAGUAUCGGAGAGGAAGCGAGACCAGAUUCCACGAAAAAUCCCGUUCCAGCUUUACUUCACAAAAUCGAAGGUCAUGUUGCUCGGGUAAACGACGUAUAUUUACUGUCAAAAGAGGAGGGCGUGUGGACUUGCAGCGAUGACCGAUCUGUCAGGCUCUAUCUGAAAAGAGACAAUGGACAGUUUUGGCCUUCCAUCCAUAAAAUCAUGCCUGUCGCUCCUACUUGCCUUUAUUACAGUGAAGAAACUUCUAGGCUUCUUGUCGGCCUUCUCAAUGGCCAUGUAUAUGAAUACCAUGUAGCAGAUGAUUAUAAUACUAUGAGCGAUCCCGAAGCAAGGAGGGUUCUCGUACUGUUCGUUCAAUUCGCUGAGAUUAUUUUCAUCUUUUUGUCGUCGAAAAGGGAUGCGUGUGAAGAUCAGAUCUUUAGAAGACUGGUAGCGCUAUAUACAUCUGCUCAAUUGACCGGCGAUACUCCUGAUUGUAUAGUAUCUGUUUCGAGAUUUUUCUCAUGGGUACAACGCAAAGCAGCGCGUUUGCUGCCUUCGACGCGUUGA